AUGUCCACACAAAUCUUUGUUAAUGGUCUUUAUCUGGAAUUCUAUAUUCAUAUAUUUACUUUAACCUUAGUCAAUCUUCCUGAUACAUAUAGUAAAUUUACUACACCUACCUAUCUUUAUUACAAAUCUACUAGUUCUCAAGAAAUUCUAAUUCCAGUUAAUCCAACAGAAGCUGCUAUCAAUAAAUUGACUAAAACUAUGACUGCUAUAAUGAGUCAACUAGACAAAAAAGAAGAAGAAGAAAGCAGUAAAGAAACUAAUACUGAAAGUAAAGAAGAUUUUGAAGAUGAAGAAUUAGAUGAAUAA